CCGGAAAUUCAGCUAUAAAGCAUCUCGUUACUCUUCCAUCCGUUGCUUGUUUUGUUUUGUACACCGUUUUGCGAAGAUUAAGUGCAAAAAUGAGUAGAGAUGCCGUGGUUGCAGUCGAAGAAGAAAGAACAAGGAUUGGGAAUGUAGAAGUUGCGAAGAAAACAGCUGUAAUAGCCACGGAUGAAGGAGUUCUUGUGUAUCAAUCUCACACAAUUGAACAGCAGCCACGUCCUUACAACAGUACCUAUCAAGCGCUACCUGGUCCACGAACACCUGUGCCUACACCAGCCAUUCAAUAUGAAUCCCAGAAAACCUGCUUUGAUUAUUGUUGUUGUGAAUGUGACUCGGAUUAUUCUUGGCACGAGCUGCAAGGAAAAGGAUGCUUAAUGGUCCUUCUGCUACUCUUGAUGUACUUGGUGGUUUUUGCUAUUUGCCUUCCUCUCCUGAUUCUUUACUUUUUAGUUUAUUGCAUUUGCUACCCGUUUUGCAAAGACAAAGACAACGAUAACAAUGUGUUCRAAAAUUCUAAAAUAACAAUGAGCGGAGCCGCUGUUGUCGCAGUCCGAGAAGAGAAAGCGAGAAUUGGAAAUAUUGAGGUCACUAAAGAAACAGCUUUGGUGGCUACAGAAGAAGGGAUUGUAGCAAUAGAAAGACACAGGAUUGAGGAACACCAACCAAGGAUGAUGCCUGCUCCAAGACCAUUACCCCUGCCACACCCGCCGCCACAUGUCAUACACAUACACCAGAGCCCGGCACCGGAGUACGCGUGGUACAAUCCUCAGGGCAAAGGUUGCUGUGUAGGGUUCCUGCUGGUCUUGAUGUGGAUUUUGAUUGGUGCCAUUGCUCUGCCCCUGUGCAUCCUUGCCUGCCUCUGUCAAAUGUUCUGCGGCGAAGAUAAUGACUGACUGGCACGCGUUGCUACAACAGCAUUUGAGAACAAGAACACUUGUUUCCACAUGAGCCAUCAUGCUGUCUAAACAAAAAAUGGCGUUGCACUGAAUUUUCACGAUAGCACGGGCUUAGUGGUUAGCAUUGGGCACGCGCGGUUAAAUAUCACGUAUUGUUUUCUUUCGCUAUAACUAACCAUAGGCUUCCCAGACUCUCAGUUCUUGGAUUGGGUAAUGGACUUCCUGUGGCGUUUUGGCUGAUUUCGGCCGUUGAUUUGCAGUAGGGAUUUUGAAUAGACUCUUCCACAGUCUCUCGCUCGUCCGUUCCGUCUUCACGCUUAGAGACUGUAACGGUACAAUGACCGA